AUGAAACCAGAUCAUACAACAACAAAUAAUCAAGCCGAUGCUGUUGAUGAUGAUGAUGAUGAGCCAGAUGAAUGGGAUCAACGAAUCAUAAAUACAGGUUGUCACAAAGAAAACUUGGAGCUACAACUAUGCCAUGCUGAUACAGGUGAUUGGAGACAAUGCACGCAAGAAAUGGAAGCGUUUCGAAAGUGUUGGGAAGUCAACAACAAUAAUAUACGGACUAGUACUGUUGAUAAUGAGGAACUGUAG